CGCUUUCACACCAAAAAGGCGACAAAAAAUUUCCACUCUAACAUAAACCAGGCGCAAUAAUUCUGCGCCGGCCACCCACACUAUUCAUCUCUGUGGCUCUCAGAUUCAGGCUUUCUGCCGUAUUUUAUACGUUUUCCAAAAGUUGGCACCUCACGUGGGCUGCUUCUCAAACAACUUCUUCAAAUAUUAAACAACAACGACUUCAAAGUUCAAACGAAAAAUCGUUCAGAAUACCGAGGAGGAGGAGAAGAAGAGAAGCCAAAACAAUUCCUUCUCUUCUUCUUUCUCAAAUCCCAUUUCCAUCGAUUCAAUUUCCAUCUAAACCAUGAAAACACAAGAGCAAGAACAGCAGAGCCCCACCUCGAAUCCCAAGAAAUCGAUCCCGCCGUACAUGAAGGCAGUGUCGGGUUCGCUGGGAGGGAUCGUGGAGGCAUGUUGUUUGCAACCCAUCGACGUCAUCAAGACGAGGUUACAGCUUGAUAGGACCGGUACUUACAAGGGAAUAAUCCACUGCGGCGCCACCGUAUCGCGUACGGAAGGUGUGCGGGCUCUCUGGAAGGGUUUGACUCCCUUCGCUACACACUUGACAUUGAAGUACACGCUUCGAAUGGGGUCAAAUGCGGUACUUCAAUCAGCUUUUAAGGACUCACAAACUGGGAAAAUCAGUAAUCACGGUCGAAUUCUUUCUGGGUUUGGUGCUGGUGUUCUUGAAGCACUCGCUAUUGUAACUCCUUUCGAGGUGGUGAAAAUUAGACUGCAGCAGCAGAAGGGGUUGAGUCCUGAGCUUCUAAAGUAUAAAGGUCCAGUGCACUGUGCUCGUAUGAUCAUUCGUGAAGAAGGGCUCCUUGGACUUUGGGCAGGGGCUGCCCCAACUGUUAUGCGCAAUGGAACAAACCAGGCUGCCAUGUUCACUGCUAAAAAUGCUUUUGACGUACUUUUGUGGAAGAAACAUGAAGGUGACGGGAAAGUCCUUCAACCAUGGCAAUCUAUGAUAUCAGGAUUCCUUGCAGGAACAGUUGGUCCAGUUUGCACUGGCCCUUUUGAUGUUGUCAAAACAAGGUUAAUGGCACAGAGUCGAGCUGGGGGUGAGUUGAAAUACAAAGGUAUGAUCCAUGCUAUCAGAACAAUACAUGCUGAGGAGGGGCUUCGUGCCUUGUGGAAAGGACUGCUGCCUCGGCUCAUGAGGAUCCCCCCUGGCCAGGCCAUUAUGUGGGCUGUGGCUGACCAAGUGACUGGUUUUUAUGAGAGGAGAUAUAUUCGCAAUGCUCUCUUGUAGGUAUUGUUUACAUUGUUUUGCUUGUUUUGGUUCAUUGUGCCAAUGCAAGCAAAAAUCAAUUGAUUUCCUAGGUUUUUUAAUUGAACACUCAUCUCAAUAACCAUCUCGAUAUUCUGUAUGGUGGAGGAGGGAAAUAUGGUGGUUUCAAUUUCAAGAUUCCCUCAACCUUAAUGCCAAUUUUAGACAAUAAGGCAAGAGAACGUUUAUGUAAACUUGUUUUUCAGAGGAUUAAAUUUAAACCCUGGAAGUCAUUUUGAUGGA